GAGUUCUAAAUUUAUAAUCACACUCUGACUCAUUUUUACUUCUAAGCGAAUUUAGCAUAAACGCUGCCAAAAUUAUGCAUUUCCAAGUUUCCGUCAUCUUAUGUUCAGAAUUCACUUGCUUCUUCGGAGACAAAAACGCUAAAACCGUUCGCUUUCCCGCCAUAAAAAAUAACAAUAAACCCUCCUCUCCAAGUUCCGAAACCCUAGCUUCCCCAUUUCACUGCGAAAACCUCUUCGAUCAGCUUCGAUUCUCUGCAUGAGCACUCCAUUAAACCUUCACAGUGCUCCGCGACAAUGGCGACAAUAGUCACUUCCAGAGAUGUUCAAGAAAUUGUGUUCAAGCUCACUUCCGAUAAAGCCAAAGCUCGCGAAGAAGGGAUCAAGUUGUUAAAUACUUGGUUAGAAGGGGAAAGAUCAUAUAACUUCUGCAAAUUUAUUGGAUUGAAUACUACAAAACUUAGACCUGAUGAAGUUCCUCACUCUGAAACAUGGCCCUUUCUCAUAUCUUUACUUAUUCAAUGUGCAUCAUCGGAAAUAUCGUCAAGUAAGCGGAGAAAUCCCAAGAUAAUAUAUGCAAAGACUCUUAGAGUUGUUGUACAACGAGCUGAAGAAGCAAAAUAUUCAGGAAAAACUCUGCCAUUGUCAUCUGUGGUUAAACCACUUUUUAACCAUGUUUGGGAAGUCCUGAGUAAUGUUCCAAGCUUCCAGUCAGAGUAUGGAAUUAUCCUUCGACAUCUUCUGGCAGUUGGCGAUUAUAGUCUUCAAAUGAAGAAACGGAUUUACUGCAACUUGGUGUUUCUGUACAUUGAGAAGGUUGAAGCAAGCUUGAAUGUGAAAAAUAUUAGUCAUUAUACUUCCAAGGAGGAGGUCUUCCGCUAUAUAUUGACGCUUCAUUCUCUUUUGGAAAAUCCUCCUGGAGACUAUCCUGAUAGUAUAAGAGAAGACCUUGUUAAGGGAUUUGUUAGGAUCUGUUUGUUGAUCAGGGAAGAGGGAAAGAUAUCACGCAAGCUUGUUGAGUGUAUUAAUACAUAUUUGUUAAAUGAUGGUCCAAAUUUGGGCUGUCAGUUGUUAGAGAUUCAUAAUGCUAUACAGCAGUUCGUGUUUCGCUGUUGGCUGACAACACAUGAUCGAGUGCUUAAGGAUUCACUUAUAUUGUAUUCAAGGAUACAAUUAAAUUUGAUGAGGGGUGCUGCUGAUAGUUGUUUACUGGUGGAACAACUUUUGGAUGUGAUUUGUAAGGAUCUUGAUCAGGGUAGCAUGUCUUGUACUUCAAUGCCUAGGGGAGAUGGAAAUAAAGAUGAUAAACUUGGAGCUUUGACUAGUUCACAUUGUGGCUUGGUGGAACUUGCUGCAGUUAUAUUUUAUCGGGCUUGCCUUAAUACAACUAGAGAAUCUUCUAGUGAAAAACGGGUAAAGAGGGAACCUGCUGCUGGGAUUAUGAGGGAGGCACUCAUGAAAGGCAAAUGGCUAUGGAAUGCUGCAUUUUGUUCUCUUAUUCGAAAUUACCAUAGUUGCAUUCGCAAAGAUCUUUUUCUCUACUGGUUUGAAGGCAUAUGGAUGACCUUUGACAGGAUUGUGAAUUGUGCCAAUGUGGAGCGUGCCUAUGAUGGUUUGUUAUGGACGCUGCGGUAUGCUUUGUUCAUCAGUGGUUGGCAACUAAUAUGGAGUACUUUAGUGCAUGCAUUGCCAAUUUUCAGCAACAUAAGCCCUCUUGUCGAUGCUGCGUUGGUGCUGCUUAGUUAUAUAACAUCAAGUGAUAUGAUAAAUACAUGCGUUGUACCACAAGAUGUAUGGGAUCUUCAGUUAUUUAAAAGACCAACUUCAAUACCCAUAUUGUAUUUCGCUGAUUUGCGAGAUAGUUUACAUUUGAGGAAGAACCUUUUGAGAUCAAUUUUGAGUGAUCUUAAUUUGAAGGGAUAUUCAACAUUGGAUGAGCGGAUUGUCUUUUUGCUGCCUAGUGCUAUGUAUGCACUUUGUGCAGGUUGUAUUCCUCUUAUUCAAUACUCUAAAGAAUUUCCUCUUGUUUACAGCAUUUGCAAUACCUCUGAAACUCUAGAUGAUUAUCAUAAGUUAGAAGAUCCUAAACACCAAGUUCUCCUUGACUUUUUGGAUUGCUCUAUGGAAGCUCUCACAAAAACCGACAAAGUUUCUAAAGUUGAUGUGGGCUCUCGAUUUCAAAGUUCUCCCUGUGUACGUGUCCCUCGUGAAGUAAGUGAUCAGCUGAUGCACGAGAUGGAGAAAGCUAUUCUUGGAGUUUUUGUGGCAGAGGAUAGCAAUGAGAGGCAGUUACCUGAUAUUUUCUUGAUAUGUUCUCUCUUGUCUAAUGUCCUUUACGGUUCUUUUUUCACAAGGAAAAUAAAUGUUUUAUUCCUUUCAAAAUUAUACAAAUGCCUGCAAGAGAUGCUUGAUAUUGCUGUUGGAAUCAUUCAAAAAUAUCAUGAUGAACGGUCUUAUAGUUGCUUAAUUUGUGAUCCUGCUUGUGAUGAAACAAGUUCUCUUGCUGUUGCUGUUCAUAGUUUUCUCUCCACUCCAAUAUUUAAAGAAUGGAGGGAUCUAAAUUUGUUGGAAGUUGCCCCAUUUGGUGAUGUAAUUCAAUCUGUUGAGAGAUUAUUGAAUGCAUUUGUUGAUCUAUAUGAAGGUUAUGCUCAGCAUGUGAUUAACCUUCAGUCUCAGACAGUCACACAAGAUAUAGCUACUGAUGGUAUUCAAAGUUCCUGCCUAUAUGACAGCAGUAAAAGUAGAAUUGUGGAUGUGGAAUUAGAUGUUAAUGAUGAUUCCACAGACAUGGAUAAUUUAGCAGUUCAGAAGAAAAUAGGCAGUGAUGUGUGGUCUUCUGUAGAGAAGUGGAAAAUGGGCAUGAUAUUAAUUAUUUCAUAUUUCUUCUCUGCUACUCAUGCUCUUACAUGGGAUGUACUCUUCAAAUUAGUGGAUAAAGAAUGUGAUCCGAAGGUGCGUGGGAAAAUAUUGUACCAUCUUUGUCAACAUCCUCAUUGGUCCAAGGCCACAACGUUUCCAGAUUUGGUCAAUGCAAUGAAUAAUAUCUUUGAGGAGCAAGUUAGACUUAAGCUCACUUGUGGAGACAUAUUGAUUUCUAUCCAUGCUUUAUUGGCUACCUUAUCUUCCUGGGAUGGUGUUGAUAAGGACAAAUGUGGCCUACAUCUGGUGGGAGCCAAGGCUGAAGAGUGCUUUAUGUCGCUAGGAAAUUUGGUGCAUAAACUUUCAGAAGUUAAUCUUGAUUGGUUUGGCCGGGUUAAGUUGAUUCAUUGCAUCUGCAAUCUCAUUUCGCUUAGUCCUCAAAUUGGUCAGACUAUGAUAGAUCCGUUGCUUUUGAUGCUCAAAGAUACGGAUUUUCGAGUUCGGUUAGUCCUGUCGAGGAGAAUUUGUGUUCUUUUUCAAACCUGGGAUGGUCAUGAAGAGCUUUUCCAAGACAUUUGUUUAAAUUUUGGAGUUCAUUUCAUAGUUUACUCUAAAGCAAAAGUUGUCACUGCCAAUGAGGUGCUAGCUGCUGGUCCCCAACCUCAACCUUUAAUGGAAACUGUUUUGAUUACUCUGAUGCAUAUUGCUUUACAUAGCGACAAGAUUGAAUUGGAGGCUGUGUUCGUGAUAUGUGUGGUUUCUGCCAUUGAUCCAUAUCAUAGGGAAUUGGUCUGUGCUGUACUUGACAAUCUUUCGAGAGAGCUCCAAUACGCAAGUAGAAUGAAGUACUUGGAGGAGCUUCUGGGAUCAAUCCUCUUUUGCUGGGUUGCCUGUGGUGUAAGCAUAGUUGCGCUUGUCGAGACAAGGCAUCUAUUUGUACCAGAUGCAGAACCUGGUCAUUUCCUUAAGUAUUGUUGUCAGUGGCUUAUUCCUGUCUUGCUUCUUCAUGAGAGCAAUUCUGACCUCAACUGGGUGGCCAAGGUUACAUGUCAACCAUUGUCAGUUCUAGUAAAGGACCACUUUGCUUCAGUAUUUUCAAUCUGUAUGGCUCUGCGCAGCAGUGAGCAACCUGGGUCAGAGAAGGGAACAGUUGUGCUUCAAAGUUCCCUUCUUCAUUUUGCUCAGAUUUCCGAGACUGAACGGGACAAACUCAUAAAGAGACAUAUGGUUUCUAUUGUGAGCUGUAUUUUAUCCUUGUCCUCUUGUUCAUCCGACCCUGUAGUCCCUUUCUUUUCAAGGGAAACAGUGUCGUUUGCAAUUCGAACAGUUGUUGAUGGAUUUCUGAACAUGGAUGAUAAGCAUACCAAUUCUGCUGUUGUUGACAAGAUCAACAUUUUUCGCCCUGAUAGAGCUUUCAUGUUUCUGGUUGAAAUUCAUUAUAAAAUUGCAGCAGCAUCUCAUUACAGGCAUAAGUGUCAUCGGUUGGCUGGAAUUGAGGUGCUCAUUGGUAUCCUUGGCGAGAGAAUUGCUGUUCUAAGUACUUCCAAUUAUCUUUUUAAUUUGAUCGGGCCGUUGAUUGGAUGUCAUGCUUUACAAGAUCAAUGUUGUCGGAUACUUUCUGCAUUGUUGCUGCGGUUUAAAGAUAAUCCAUCUUCUGAUAUCACCAAUAUGCUUGGUGAACAGCUCCAGUUUCUUGUUUCAAAGUUGGUGGCAUGUUGCACUCCUAACAGAAAAGAAUUGUCUGAUAGCAACACAUCACAAGUGCUAUCUCUGCUCCGUCUGUUAACAGUGGAUUCAGAUCCAUCUAUGCAUGAUUAUGUCAAAGAGUUGGAGCCAUUUCCAGAAUUAAAAGUCUUUCAUGAUAUAAGGAUGUUCCAUGAAAAAUUAUGCCACAAUUACUCUAUACGCGACCAUUUAUUGAAGUUUGUAAAGAGAUCUUGCUACCUUCCUCCGAGGAUACUUUUGUCAAGUCUCCAGGCAUUGCACAAGAAGCUAUUGAUAAGAGAAACCGUUCUGAGAGGAGGGAGAGAAAAUGAUUCUGAAGAAACAUACUGGCAUGGUGAUCACGAAAUAGUGCAUGCAGUCUGGACACUUGUUAACAUUUGUGGCUCAAAUGAUGCAAAUGGCGUUAGAGAAUUGGUGUCUGAUUUCGUUUCUAGGGUUGGUGCAGGGGACCCAUACUCUGUUGUUUUCCAUCUUCCUGGCGAGACUAGUCAUGUUCGAGUUGGUAAAUCUAUUGAUAUCAGCUGUGCUGUGGAUAGGAGUUCAAGCAUAGACACAUCCGUGUCCAAAGAACUUUUGGUGGUGGUUCUGAAAUUUCUAAAGAAGUAUCUGAUGGAUGAUUCUGUGAAAAUUGUUGACAUGGCUUCACAAACCCUUCGUGGAAUACUUUCAACUGAAAGAGGCCAAAGUGCUUUACAGUCAUUUGAUUCGUAUCAAAGAACAUUGAUUGAGGUGCACUCCAAAGGUGUUAAUAUUGAGUUUGUGGAAAACUUCCUUAUGGACCUGGAAAGGAAGUCAAAAGUUGAAGCAGCUUCCUUGGAAAAGUCUACAGUAUGGGAAACACGUGGUAAAUCUUUUGAGAUGUGGAUUUGUCCAUUGGUAUAUUCACUUAUCAUCUACUGCAACGACGUCAUACUAAGAUUGUGUCAAGAUAUUGUUUUUUCCAAAGCUGAGGUUGCUGAGCUUCUUUUGCCAAGUAUUUUUGUCAAUAUUGCUGCAAGGAAGGAUCUGGAGAUUGAUCUUCAUAAGCUAAUCUCCCUCCAGUUGAAGGACCAUAUAUUUACUGAGUCGAAUAAGUUGGUCAAAUCUAUUCAAGUGGUGUUGAAUUGCCUUAAUGAACUUCGUAUAUGUCAUGUCCAAGAAAGAUCUUCUUUGCCAUCGAGGCGUGAAACAUCCAAGAAUUCUAAACCUUCAAGUUACACCUCAAAAACCCGGUCUACCCCAGCGAAGGCAAGAGAAUCUGGUGCUGGUUCAAGUGCACUAGCAAAAUCCGUAUCCUCAUGGGAGAAAGUGUUUUGGCUGUCUAUUGAUUAUCUACUUGUUGCCAAGUCGGCAAUCACUUGUGGAUCAUAUUUUACUUCAGUCAUGUAUGUGGAGCAUUGGUGUGAAGAGCACUUUAAAGGUAUGACAGUUGGAGGCCCAGAUUUCUCUCAUAAUGAAAUGUUGCCAGAUCAUAUUGAGAUACUUGUCUCCGCCGUCACAAGAAUUAAUGAACCAGAUAGCUUAUAUGGAAUUCUUCAAUCUCACAAGUUGACUUCUCAAAUAAUCAUGUUUGAGCAUGAGGGGAACUGGGGAAAGGCUCUUGAGUAUUAUGACUUGCAAGUGCGAUCAGGUGUGUCAGGGCGGAAGAAUGACAAUUCUACGAGAUUGUCACUGGAACAAACUGGAGCAGCAAAUCCAUUGCCAUUUGCCUCGGACGCAUAUGAGAUGCAGCAGAGCAGACCGUAUAAAGGGUUAAUUAAAUCAUUGCAGCAGAUAGGCUGUACACAUGUACUUGACUUGUAUUGCCAAGGGUUGACAUCAAGCAAAGACCAGCUUCAGCAUGAUUUAGAGUUUGCUGAAUUGCAGUAUGAAUCCGCCUGGCGUGCUGGGAACUGGGAUUUCUCUUUACCUUGUGUUGGAUCCUUUCCUCCUUCAACUGAUGAUAUCAAACAUGACCAUUUUAAUGAAAAUUUGCACAGUUGUUUAAGGGCACUCCAAGAGGGUGAUUUGAGUGAUUUUCAAAAAAGACUGAGGGAUUCAAAGCAGGCACUUGUGUGGAAUAUUUCUCAUGCAAGUGAGGAGAGCACCGAGUAUGUUCACCUAACCAUCAUUAAACUUCAGAUGCUUCAUCAUAUUGGCAUGGCUUGGGAUUUACGAUGGCAAGAUAAUAGCACAAUGAUUAGUAUACAGAAGCAAAAUGUAACUUUUGAGCCUGUGAUACCUUCAAUUGAAAAGCUGUCACGGAUGGAUAUGGAUUGGCACUCAAUUGUGCAACGGAUGCAACUUCAUAUGAAUUUGCUUGAACCUUUCAUAGCAUUUCGUCGAGUUCUACUUCAAAUUUUAAGUUGUAGCGAUUGUAUGUUGCAACACCUACUUCAGUCCGCCUCCACUCUUCGUAAGGGAUCUAGGUUCUCUCAAUCAGCUGCUGCUCUACAUGAGUUUAAGUUCCUUUCCGUUGAAGUGAAGGAGCAAAAUCCGUCCUUAUAUUGGCUGGGAAGGCUUGAAGAAGCAAAGCUUCUGCGUGCUCAAGGUCAAUAUGAGAUGGCUAUCAACCUUUCAAUGUAUAUAUCACAAAGUUACCAUUCUGAUGAGGAAGCUUCAAAUGUAUGUCGGUUGAUUGGGAAGUGGCUGGCAGAAACUAGAUCUAGCAACUCAAGAACAAUUUUGGAGAAGUAUUUGAAACCUGCAGUCUCUAUAGCCGAUGAUGUGAAUACUACAGAUAAGAAGGCUAUGGAAAGGAAAUGUCAAACUCAUUUUCAUCUUGCACACUAUGCUGAUGCUCUAUUUAGGAGUCAUGAAGAGCGACUUAACUCCAGUGAGUGGCAAGCGGCAAUGCGCCUAAGGAAGCACAAGACAAUAGAGUUGGAAGCACUCAUAAAACGAUUAAGGAAUUCAACCAAGGGGGAGAGAACCGACUACUCCAGCAAAAUCCAAGAACUGCAAAAACAAGUAGCAAUGGACAAGGAAGAGGCCCAGAAAUUACAGGAUGACCGGGAUAAUUUUCUUAGUCUGGCUUUGGACGGGUACAAACGUUGUUUAGUUAUAGGUGAUAAGUAUGAUGUGAGAGCGGUGUUUCGAUUAAUUUCCCUGUGGUUUAGUCUUCCAUCUCGAAAAAAUGUUGUAAAUAGCAUGCUUAGCGCUAUUGAUGAGGUUCAAUCUUUCAAAUUUAUACCUCUGGUGUACCAGAUUGCCUCUAGAAUGGGUAGCUCAAAAGAUGGACAAGGACCUCUUAGUUUCCAGUUUGCUUUAGUUUCUCUUGUGAAGAAAAUGGCCUUGGAUCAUCCAUACCAUACAAUACUUCAACUUCUAGCUCUGGCAAAUGGAGACCGUAUCAAGGACAAACAGCGUAGCAGAAGUUCUUUUGUGGUGGAUAUGGACAAAAAGCUAGCAGCAGAAAAUCUUCUCAAUGAGUUGUCAUCUUAUCAUGGAGCUAUCAUAUGUCAGAUGAAGCAAAUGGUGGAGAUUUAUAUCAGGCUUGCUGAGAUGGAAACAAAGAGAGAGGAUACCAAUAAAAGGGUGACACUACCAAGGGAUUUACGUAAUCACCCAGCACUUGAACUUGUACCUGUUGUGACGGCUACCAUUUCAGUUGAUCGUAGUUGUCAAUAUCCUGAAGGAUCUUUUCCUUAUUUCAAAGGAUUGGUGGAUUCAGUUAUGGUAAUGAAUGGUAUAAAUGCUCCAAAAGUGGUUGAAUGCCUUGGUUCUGAUGGUUGCCGAUAUCGCCAACUUGCAAAAUCUGGAAAUGACGACCUAAGACAAGAUGCUGUAAUGGAACAGUUCUUCAGUUUGGUCAACACAUUUCUUAGGAAUCAUCAAGAUACUAGGAAAAGAAGGCUAGGAGUACGGACCUACAAGGUUGUUCCUUUUACUCCAAGUGCUGGCGUUCUUGAGUGGGUUAAUGGAACUCUUCCUCUUGGAGAAUAUCUCAUAGGGAGUAUGAGAAAUGGAGGUGCUCAUGGUCGCUAUGGAAUAGGGGAUUGGCCAUUCCUCAAAUGUCGAGAGCACAUGGCAAAUGAAAGGGACAAACGCAAAGCAUUCGAGGAAGUCUGCAGGAAUUUCAGGCCCGUUAUGCAUUACUUCUUCUUGGAGAGGUUUUUGCAGCCAGCUGAGUGGUUUGAGAAGAGGCUUGCUUACACUCGAAGUGUAGCUGCUAGCUCCAUGGUUGGUUACAUAGUUGGCCUUGGAGAUCGGCAUGCAAUGAAUAUUUUAAUUGAUCAAGCCACUGCUGAGGUAGUUCACAUAGAUCUUGGUGUUGCUUUUGAGCAAGGCUUGAUGCUCAAGACACCAGAGCGGGUUCCAUUCAGGCUUACAAGAGACCUAAUUGAUGGAAUGGGUGUAACUGGAGUAGAGGGAGUUUUCCGAAGAUGUUGCGAGGAAACACUGUCUGUUAUGCGGAAUAACAAAGAAGCAUUGCUGACAAUUGUGGAGGUUUUUAUACACGAUCCUCUUUAUAAAUGGGCUUUGUCUCCACUGAAAGCUUUGCAGCGUCAAAAGGAAAUGGAUGAUGAUUUGGAUACAAGUUUGGAGGAACCUCAAAAUGAGUACGAAGGAAAUAAGGAUGCUGCACGCGCACUUCUGCGUGUCAAGCAAAAGCUAGAUGGGUAUGAAGAAGGCGAAAUGCGAAGUAUCCAUGGACAGGUGCAACAAUUGAUUCAAGAUGCAAUAGAUCCUGAAAGAUUGUGCCAAAUGUUUCCUGGAUGGGGAUCUUGGUUAUAACUUAUAAUGGAGUCCAUGGCAACCCCUCUUUGUUAUCUUGUACAGGCGGCCAUUCUUUUGUUCUCUCCAUCCACAAAUUGCAUAUUCCGUUUUCUUGUAUUAUGUAAUACUUCAUUAUUUUGGACUUGAUUAAAGAUUUUGGGGUGAGUUGUAAAAUAUUUUCUUGUAUUCUGUAAUACAAUCAUUGUCGUUUCAUGUUUACUUACAACGUAGAAGGUCUGAUGAUCUGCUACGUUCAAGAGCAAGUUUUUGUUCCGGCUUCUUUCCGUCAAUAAUGUAUAGGGAAGAAAAAGCAAUAUUUAUUGAGAGAGAAGUGUAAUUACCUCUAUUUAUAUAUAUAGGUUAAAUAAAUACAAUGAUUGUGU